GUGUUACAUGUAAUGUUGCGUAAUACAUUGACCUUUUAGCAGUUCUAGAUUUCAUUUUUUUUUUAAAAUUGUUUUGAUGCUGAGGGUUUUUGUUUGUACUAGUACAGGGCCAACAAAAAAUGUUCUCAAAAUCAACGUUUAUGGCUUUAGUCAUUGGCCUAAUCAUUGGACUAAUUGUUACUUUGUAUUUAACCAACACCACAAGACCGUUCAACACAUUCUUUCCACCAAAGUCAGUCAAUCGUACAGAAACGUUUCAACAUAGAUCAAGUGGGAUUAAAAACGACCAGAAUAACAUAGAUGCUUUGUACGGUGAAUUCAAGCAAGAUGAAGAUGACUCAAUUUCUCGAAAAUUUGCUAAUGAUGUCCGAGUCCUUAUAUGGGUGAUGACGUCACCGGAAAACUUACCUGUCAAAGCGAAGGCAGUAAAAGACACCUGGGCUCGUCACGGUCAGCUGGUGCUUUACUUCAGUUCUGUUGACAACAAGACAUUCCCAGCCAUCGGCCUGAAUGUCUCAGAAGGAAGAAAGCAUCUGAUGGCAAAGACGUCAAAAGCUUUCAGAUAUGUUUAUGAGAACCAUUUUAAUGACGCUGAUUGGUUCAUGAAGGCUGACGACGACACUUACCUGAUCGUCGAAAAUUUAAAAUACUUUCUGUCUGGUGAAAACUACAGUGAGCCAGUGUAUUUUGGCCAGUUGUUCGCACUUUGGGGACAUCCGGUACUGAAGCAAGGAUAUCAAACAGGUGGAGCUGGGUAUGUUCUAAGCAAGGAGGCGCUGAGAAGGUUUGGGGAAGGAUCCCAGAAAGAAAUCUACUGUCACAAGGACAGCGGCGGAGAGGACAUGAAUAUGGCCAUCUGUAUGCAAAUACUUGGUGUGAGGGCUGGCAGGAGUCAUGACGCUCUAGGCAACAGCCGGUUCCACCAGGAAUCUCCAGUGGUCCACAUCAAUGGGUUAUAUGGACGGUGGUAUUAUAACAAGUCAAUGGAGGCUAUUACAAUGGGUGUGAACGGCCUUAGCGAUUACACCGUGAGCUUUCAUCACCUGAGCCCUACAGACAUGUAUGUGCUGGAGUUUUUCGUCUAUCACCUGCGGCCCUAUGGGAUACCAAUACAACUUCAGAACUUAAAUAACAGGACUGGUGUCUCCACGAUAGGGGAAGACAAAAUUCGUAAGAUGAACAUGAGCAGUAUGUUCUCCAAGGUUAAGCAAGAAUAAUAAUAUUGACAGGUGAAGAUAAGUUUUGUUUUUAAAAAGUUACAUGCUAAUAAAUAAUAAUAACAAUAAAAAUUAAAAAAAAACACUAAAAUUUCAGUUCGA